AUGGGUAGAAAAUUGGGAGCACUCCUGAAAAUUGAUACGUGCACAUCGUCAACCCUGAGAAAAAGAUAUGCAAGAAUAUGCAUCCAAGUGCCCAUGGGACUACCAGUCAAAAGGAAUAUCCUAAUCGAAAACCACCUACAGGAUAUAGUCUACGAAGGGGAUGGAACACUAUAUACGGGGUGUGGGAGACUAGGCCAUACCACCAAAUCACGUACCCACCCAACUACUAACAUACACACCCCAUCCCAAAGCCCAAACUUGAACACGGAGUCAUCAGGGAAGAACGCAAGCACAGAGUCUUGGCAGACUGUCUCUUUCCCUCGCAGGAACAAGUCCCAAGGAGUCGAAAUCACAUCCACUAACAAACCGGAUAUAAAUAAGGAAAAGCCACCACACAAUCACUCAGGUAAAAACUUACAAUGCUACAACAGAGGAGUAGACAACGGAGGUCUACCUAUUGGAUGGCCAAAUAGUCAAAGAAUUCAGAGAGCUAUCCAGAGAAGUUAUUUUAGUAGCUUGUCCAAAUCCAGUGUGGAUGAAAAUGAGGAACCAGACGAGCGACCACCCUUCAGGAGUAGCCAUGAAGCCUCUGAAGAAUCAGAGCAAGAACCCUCUACUGGAAAAAGGGAAGGGAAAGCAACCAACCCCCAAAUGAAAGACAACUCCAUGAACUUCCUCAUCUGGAAUGCUAGAGGCGCCAACAACGCUGCCUUCAGAAGAUAG